GCUCAUGAUAGUGAGGAGUUGGCGCAAAAAUUAAGCUAGGGUUACCAAGAUAGAGAGAGCUCCAUGUAUAGCGAUGAUAGUGAUUGCGUGGUGUUGGAAGAAGAUCCCGCCGAGUCGGUGAAACCAAGGCACGGCAAAAGGAGCUAUGACUCCGAUGAUCUGAUUGUUGUUAGCGAGAAGGGUCCGGUUGCUUGUAGAGAUUAUCCACAUCCUCGACAUCUUUGUGUUAAAUUUCCUUUUGCCUCUACUCCGCACGAAAAUCACUGUGACCUUUGUCAUUGUUAUGUUUGUGACACACUGGUUCCAUGUGGCUUCUGGGGAAAUGGCUUUUCGAGAGAUAACCAUUGUCAUGCCAGUGAUAAGCAUGAGUUUUGGAAAGCCCGUCGAAAAAGUACCAAAGGAAGUGAUGUAGUCCAACCAAGAGUUCACAAUAGGUCCAGUACUGUUAAUGUUACGCCAAGAGAACCAAUCACUUUUACUGACCGUGACCUCCCAAGGUACCAUCACGAUGGGGAUGCGUUAGUCAUCAGUUUAUGCAUGAGCAUUCGCAAGAUUGAAGUUAGGAGGGUCUUGGUUGACAUAGGGAGUAAUGUCAACGUCUUGUACUUUGACGCCUUCACAAAGAUGGGAUUGUCUAGGAACCAGUUGCGUCUAGACAGGCCCCAUUUGGCCGACUUCUUGGGGACUUCAGUCGAGGCAGAAGGAUCGAUACUGCUCCAUGUUGAAAUCGGAGAGCAUCCACGAGUGAAAACGAUGGCAAUGGAAUUUGUGGUCGUUGAUUUGGAAAGUGCAUAUAAUGCCAUCCUCGGCCAACCAGGCGUAUGUGAUAUGGGCGGUGUCAUAUCAAGCCAUCACUUGUGCAUGAAGUUUGACACUCCCAAUGGGGUUGGAGUUGCUAGAGGCGACCAGGAGAUGUUAAGGGUUUGCGAAACGAUUGCCCGCGAGAAUAUGGGGAAGAAGUGUCUCCACAUUAAUUCCGUUACUAGAAUAUAUCCAGUUACACGGCGCCGAGUUUGAGAUUGAGCUGGAAGAUGGAUGUCUUAAAAUGUCAUUUCCUUUCCCUGUUUUUCCUUGAAAUUCAUGUAGCUCUUUUGAAGGCAUAAUUCCUCCAUUCUGCUUCUUGAACAUCGGAUUGCAAUAUUCUCACCUGCUUUUUCCUUUAGAGCAUCUCCAACCCAUAAGCUAAAUGCUAAAAAAUAAACUUUAUAAAAGCUAUACACCGCCCAAAAAAGGGCUCCAAGGGAGUAGCUAAAAAAUGAAAGCUCUUCUAUAUU